CUCCCCUUCGCGCUCACAUUCAGUCCGGGGUACUCCAGCACGCCGUGCGCCAUGUCUUCCUUCAGUUCACUUCUGCCCACUGCGGCACGGGGUUUGAUCUCUUCAUGUCGGUCUCCCCUGCGACCGGCCUCCAUGGCCCCCAUUGUCUCCAGCUUUCAGCAAGCCCGAGCAGCUUCCAAGGGUGGCCGCAAGAAAAUGAUGGACAAGAGCAAGGGCUCCAAACCCGCCAAGAAGGGUCCCAAAGAAUUCAUUCAAAGAGAUCUCAAGAACAUCGAUCGGUGGGCGCUGUGCGAUGCGAUGAGAUAUAUCCGCGCCAUCGAAGUUGGCCGCGAGCCCACGAAUGUGAAAUAUGAGAUCCACGUUCGCUUAAGAACCAAGCGAGACGGCCCCGUUAUCCGCAACAUGCUUCGAUUCCCCAAUCCCGUCUCGACCGAGUCCCGGAUCUGCGUCAUUUGUCCCCCCGGUUCGAAAGCCGAGCAGGACGCUAUCGCUGCGGGUGCCGUCCUGGUUGGAGAACAGGUGGUUUUUGAUGCUGUGAAGGCGGGCAAGAUUGAGUUCGACCGCUGCAUUGCCCACCCGGACAGUAUGGAGGCCUUCAACAAAGCUGGACUGGGCAGGAUCCUUGGUCCUCGCGGUUUGAUGCCCAGCGCAAAGAUGGGUACCGUGGUUGAAGAUGUGGCCGGCCGCGUCGACAUGUUGCGCGGUGGUACAACUUACAGGGAGCGUGAUGCCGUCAUCCGGCUUCCCAUCGGCCAGCUGGGUUUCUCCCCCGAGCAACUGCGCGACAAUCUGCGCCAUACCCUGGAACAGAUCAAGAAGGAUUGUGCCAACUUGAACGAUCGCAUAUACAAGGAUAUCUACGAGGUGGUCUUGAGCUCCACCAAUGGCCCGGGCUUCAGCUUGAACGGCGACUUUAAAACCGAGCUGUCCGUGGACCCUGCCGCUUUGCAGGGCAAUUAAAAUAGCUUCUUGAAUUAUUCAAGGUGUACAGAAUAUGUUUCAUUAGGCAGGACACGGUGUAUAAUGGUAUUGUUUGACAUAUAUCCUCAAAGCAUAAG